AUGGGGAUGUUUUGGGUGGGGGUGUUACGAGAGGAGCCCCUGCAGCUGUCGCCUGGCACGCUCCGGCAUCAGGGAGGACCGGCAGCUUUAGCCAGUGCCAAGUGUCCAGGAGAGGGCUGGGACAGAGCUCCUCCCUCCGUCACUGUAGGGAAUCUGGCAAUUCGUGAGGAGCUCCUCUCGCUUCACAGUUGUUUUAUUAUUUAUCUGCCGGAUCUCGGCCAACAGUUGCUGCUCUCUGAAGCCAUACGCUGCCACCUGGACCUGUCACUUCACUGCUCUGGGGCAGACGAGCUGGAGGCCGACUCACAGCAGAGCGCAUCCAGACUACGCUAUUGA